AUGGCUCUAUGUGCGAUAAAGGUUGCCGACCCCUGGGUCAUGCCAAGGCUGGGAGUGACAGUGGGUUCAGUAGCCUUAGCGACAUUCAACUUAGUGACAUUGAGGAAUCUUUCCUCAAAGAAAGACUUUAUCUCAUUCACCACCCUCUGGACUUUGCCCAAUGAGAGAUUAAGGGUGGGAAAUUUGCACAACCUUCAGAGACGUCACCACCAGGAAGAGAACGCCAUCUCACUUAAGAGGCAAGACUUUGGAAAAGAGGGUUUGGCUGAGGAGGCAGCCUUCUCCGACUCCCCGUCUUCUCUUGGUGGACAGCAGCGAGUCAAUAUCAGCACACCCAGAGACACUGAAAGGAAUAAGCAGGAAAUUGGUUUCCAGGUCCGGCUGGCUAAGAUCUCCUCAGAUUUGAUCAUCAGGGCCUUUUGCGGUUUUGCUGAAAAGUGCCACAUCCCAGCCCGGAGCUGGCAGAGUUCCUGUGGCUUUGGAGACUUCAACUGGGUUGCAAGACCCAAAAGAACUGCCGUUGUUAUUGAUGGCUCUCCUGCCUACGUAGGAGCUGGUGGUGUAGAGGGUCCUAAAGGAGAUCAAGGCCCAAGAGGAGAUAGGGGACCAGCUGGCCCACCUGGCAGAGAUGGUAUUCCCGGACAACCUGGACUUCCUGGACUCCCAGGCCCACCUGGACCCCCAGGCCUUGGCGGAAACUUCGCUCCUCAGCUGUCCUAUGGCUAUGACGAGAAAUCUGGUGGUGGUAUGGCAGUUCCAGGACCAAUGGGUCCAUCAGGUCCCCGUGGUCUUCCUGGUCCUCCUGGCAGCCCUGGCCCACAAGGUUUCGUCGGUCCCGCUGGUGAACCCGGAGAGCCCGGAGCUUCUGGUCCAAUGGGUCCCCGUGGUCCAGCCGGCCCUCCUGGCAAGAACGGAGAUGAUGGUGAAUCUGGAAAACCUGGCCGUCCUGGUGAGCGUGGUCCUCCUGGCCCACAGGGAGCCCGUGGUCUUCCCGGAACUGCUGGUCUUCCAGGCAUGAAGGGACACAGAGGUUUCAGUGGUCUUGAUGGUGCUAAGGGUGACUCUGGUCCAGCUGGUCCCAAGGGUGAACCUGGCAGCCCUGGUGAGAAUGGUGCCCCUGGACAAGUCGGCCCACGGGGUCUUCCUGGUGAGAGAGGCCGCCCUGGUGCUCCUGGUUCUGCUGGUGCUCGUGGUAACGACGGUGCUGCCGGUGCUGCUGGCCCCCCAGGCCCCACUGGUCCAGCCGGUCCCCCUGGCUUCCCUGGUGCUGUUGGCCCUAAGGGUGAAACUGGUCCCCAAGGUGCCCGUGGUGGUGAAGGCCCACAAGGUGCUCGUGGUGAACCUGGCCCUGCUGGACCUGCUGGUGCUGCCGGACCUUCUGGUAACCCUGGUAGCGAUGGCCAACCUGGUGCCAAAGGGGCCAACGGUGCUCCUGGUAUUUCUGGCGCUCCUGGUUUCCCUGGCGCCCGUGGCCCAGCUGGACCUCAGGGCCCCAGUGGUGGUCCCGGUCCCAAGGGUAACAGCGGCGAACCUGGUGCUCCUGGGAACAAAGGUGAUACCGGAGCCAAAGGAGAAUCUGGCCCCGCUGGUGUCCAAGGACCCCCUGGCCCCCCUGGUGAAGAAGGCAAGAGAGGAUCCCGUGGUGAGCCUGGACCCGCUGGCUUGCCUGGACCUGCUGGCGAACGUGGUGCCCCCGGAGGCCGUGGUUUCCCUGGCUCAGAUGGCAUUGCUGGUCCCAAGGGUCCUCCUGGUGAACGUGGAGGUCCUGGAGUUGCUGGUGCCAAAGGAUCUCCUGGUGAAGCUGGACGCCCCGGUGAACCUGGUCUCCCUGGAGCCAAGGGUCUGACUGGUAGCCCUGGUAGCCCUGGCCCCGAUGGCAAGACUGGACCCACUGGCCCUGCUGGUCAAGAUGGUCGCCCUGGGCCUUCCGGUCCUCCUGGAGCAAGAGGUCAGGCUGGAGUGAUGGGAUUCCCUGGACCUAAAGGUGCUGCUGGUGAGCCUGGCAAACCUGGCGAGAGAGGCGCUCCUGGACCCGUUGGUGCAGUUGGUGUUCCUGGAAAAGAUGGCGAAGUUGGUGCUCAGGGAGCUCCUGGCCCAGCUGGCCCUGCUGGAGAAAGAGGUGAACAAGGUCCAGCUGGAUCUCCUGGAUUCCAGGGGCUUCCCGGUCCUGCUGGUGCUUCUGGUGAAUCUGGAAAACCUGGUGACCAGGGUCCUCCUGGUGACGUCGGUGCUCCCGGUCCAUCUGGCUCAAGAGGUGAGAGAGGUUUCCCCGGUGAACGUGGUGUCCAAGGUCCUCCCGGUCCACAGGGCCCUCGUGGUGCUAAUGGUGCUCCUGGUAACGAUGGUGCUAAGGGUGAUGCUGGUGCCCCUGGUGGCCCCGGAAGUCAAGGUGCCCCUGGUCUUCAGGGAAUGCCCGGUGAACGUGGUGCUGCUGGACUUCCUGGUGCCAAGGGAGACAGAGGUGAUGCCGGUCCUAAAGGUAUUGAUGGUGCUUCUGGCAAAGAUGGAAUUAGAGGAUUGACUGGACCUAUUGGCCCACCUGGACCCGCUGGUUCUCCUGGCGACAAGGGUGAAGCCGGCCCCUCAGGACCCGCAGGCCCCACCGGUGGUCGUGGUGCUCCCGGAGAGCGUGGUGAACCAGGCCCUGCUGGACCCGCUGGAUUCGCUGGCCCCCCUGGUGCCGAUGGACAACCCGGUGCUAAAGGUGAACCUGGAGAUUCUGGUGCUAAAGGUGAUGCUGGUUCCCCUGGACCUUCUGGAGCCACCGGACCUCCCGGACCUGCUGGUGCUGUCGGUGCUCCUGGACCCAAAGGUGCUCGUGGCAAUGCUGGACCCCCUGGUGCUACUGGAUUCCCCGGAGCUGCUGGAAGAGUUGGACCCCCUGGCCCAUCUGGUAACGUAGGUCUUCCCGGCCCACCAGGCCCUGGGGGCAAGGAAGGGGGCAAGGGACCUCGUGGUGAGACUGGACCUGCUGGCCGCCCUGGUGAAGCAGGACCCGCUGGCCCACCUGGACCUGCUGGUGAGAAGGGAUCUCCCGGUUCUGAUGGACCCGCUGGAGCACCUGGAACUCCUGGCCCACAAGGUAUUGCUGGAAACCGUGGUAUGGUUGGUCUUCCUGGACAAAGAGGCGAGAGAGGUUUCUCCGGUCUUCCUGGACCCUCUGGCGAACCUGGCAAACAAGGCCCAUCCGGACCUAAUGGUGAACGUGGUCCUCCUGGCCCAGCCGGACCUCCUGGAUUGGCUGGACCCCCUGGUGAAUCUGGACGUGAGGGAUCUCCUGGUGCAGAAGGUGCUCCUGGGCGUGAUGGGUCUGCCGGUCCUAAGGGUGAUCGUGGUGAAACCGGCCCCUCUGGUCCCCCAGGCGCUCCCGGUGCCCCUGGUGCUCCCGGCCCUGUUGGCCCUGCUGGCAAGAAUGGCGACCGUGGGGAGAGUGGUCCCGCUGGCCCCGCCGGUCCCGCCGGUCCUGCUGGUGCUCGUGGCCCUGCUGGAGCCCCAGGUGCUCGCGGUGACAGGGGUGAGACUGGCGAACACGGUGACAGAGGCAUGAAGGGUCACAGAGGUUUCUCUGGUCUUCAGGGUCCCCCUGGCCCCCCUGGUUCUUCUGGCGAACAAGGUCCUUCUGGAGCUGCUGGCCCCGCUGGUCCUAGAGGUCCCCCUGGGUCUGCUGGGUCUGCUGGCAAAGAUGGUAUGAAUGGCCUGCCUGGUCCCAUUGGCCCACCUGGUCCCCGUGGUCGCACUGGUGAUGUUGGCCCUGCUGGUCCACCUGGACCCCCUGGCCCACCUGGUCCCCCAGGUCCACCUAGUGGUGGAUUUGAUUUCAGCUUCCUGCCCCAGCCUCCUCAGGAGAAAGCCCAUGAUGGUGGCCGUUACUACAGAGCUGAUGAUGCCAACGUGGUACGCGACCGUGACCUGGAAGUCGACACCACCCUCAAGAGCCUCUCCCAGCAGAUUGAGAACAUCCGUAGCCCUGAGGGAACCCGGAAGAACCCAGCCCGUACUUGCCAUGACCUGAAGAUGUGCCAUGGAGACUGGAAGAGUGGUGAAUACUGGAUUGAUCCCAACCAAGGCUGCAACCUGGAUGCCAUCAAGGUCUACUGUAACAUGGACACUGGAGAGACUUGUGUCUACCCAACUCAGAGCACCGUCUCCCAGAAGAACUGGUACAUCAACAAGAACCCCAAGGAGAAGAAACACGUCUGGUUUGGUGAAGAAAUGACCGAUGGCUUCCAGUUUGAGUAUGGUAGCGAGGGAUCCAACGCAGCCGAUGUCGCCAUCCAACUGACAUUCUUGCGUUUGAUGUCCACUGAAGCUUCCCAGAACAUCACCUACCACUGCAAGAACAGUGUGGCUUACAUGGACCAACAGACUGGCAACCUGAAGAAGGCUUUGCUCCUCCAAGGCUCCAAUGACAUUGAAAUCAGAGCAGAGGGCAACAGCCGCUUCACCUACGGAGUCUCUGAGGAUGGUUGCACGAGUCACACUGGCAGCUGGGGACAGACAGUCAUUGAAUACAAGACAACAAAAACUUCCCGGUUGCCCGUCAUUGAUGUGGCUCCCAUAGACGUUGGUGCCCCUGACCAGGAAUUCGGCCUUGAGAUCGGACCAGUCUGCUUCUUGUAAACCCCACAAAGGAAACCUGACAGUUUUAAAAAAAAAUGAAAUAAAAAAACAGCCAAAAAAGAAGGAAAUUUCACAUGGACUUGAAUUUGUGUCUUUUUCUAUCCAUCAUCUCUAAAACUAUUUUUUGUUUCCGUUAAAAAAAAACAAAAAAGCAUUAAACCAAAAAAAAUAAAAAUAAAUGACAUUUCAAAAUUAAUUAAGGAAGUGCAUCCACUUGCUUGACUUUUUUAAAAAAAAAUAAAAUUCCCGAAGACAGAAUGGUUUGAUUUUAUCUUUUUUAAAAACAAACAAACAAACAAAUAUCAGGUAAUAUCUUGGGACCACUACUUGCACACCCCAGAAAUACAUAGAUAAGGCCACAUUUAAAAAAAAAAACCCAGUCCAAACCAAGCAACACCGGAAAUCUAGAAUUCCACUUUGAAAAAUCUGUUGUUUCCAGCAAUAAGAACAGUUCUAAACUAGUGGUAGAUUCUGACCUUUUAUAGCCCUAUUAAAAAAUCCCCCCUUAACCUGGAGUUGGAAAAAAAAAAUCCCAAAAUUUACCCACAGGCCAACUUUCUCUGCUGGUAACUUUAAAUAGGAAGUUUUGUUUUGUUUUGGGUUUUUUACGACGCAAUACCACUGAACAGAGUCUUUUACCCAUCCGAAGGGUACAUUUUUUUUCUCUUUUGUUCUGUCGGCAACAGAAGUUGAUCAGGCAAAGUCAAGAUCCUGGUGUAGCAUUUAGUGGUUUCCAAAACAGGAGCCCAUUUGGACAAAGAACAGCUAACAAAAACGCCUGUACUCUUUGAGUGAGUGAGAGUGCUGCCUGGCUACCUGAGAGAAUGCAUUUUGAAGAGACGUUAGCCGGGGGAAAUGUGUUUAUGAGCUACAAAUGUUUUGUCAAUGAACAACUGAAGGAAAAAAAUGACUAGUUAUAUCAGAAAGCAGAGAAAAUGUGAUGUUAAAUGUAUAUUAUUGUUGUAUGGACGGCUACCUCACCAAUGUCAUAUCCAAGUACUUUGGGGUAGUUUGGGGUUUUUUUUCUUAAUGCUAGCACCAGGUUGCAUAGGGGGAAGGAAAGUCGGGCUGGGUUCCAGGUUUAGAUAAAGGUGCUAAUUGUGUGUUUUAUUCUUUCUAGUCUGCUAUGUUAAUAAUUUUCAGGUCCCAUGGAAUUUUUUUUUUUUGGAGGUGAUGAAAUAUCUACAGAAACCUCGCCCUGAGCGGAGGUUGCUGAGAGGGGCCGUUUGGUGCUAUAGUAUUGAGACUAUUGGGACGGGGGAAAGCAAAUUUGACGUCUUGCUGCCCAAAGAUACUUGUGAAUUUUCAAAAGGUGCUAUUUCUUUUUUUUAACAAGCGGAGGAAAAAAAAAUAUCCAGGAUGGAAAAAAAAAUCAAACAUUUCUACAAGUAGGGAUCAAGGUCUGAGCAAUUUCUGUCUUUCUGUUGUAAAGCAGGUGGAUUCCUUUUUGGCUUCUCUUCUCCCCCCAAUCAUCCAGUUCUUUUCCACCACCAUUGCUCUUUCCUGUCCAACCUCUCCCCAUCCGCAUCCGGCAACCUCUUGUGCCAAGUCUCUCUGGUUCUCCUGUGGUCCUCACUCGCUGCUGACAUGUUCAUUCUUCUCAUUCAUCUCUUUUUUUCUCCCCUCUGCUCCCCAAUCUCGCCCUCAUCCUGACUUUUUCUCUCGUCUUUCGUUGGGUUUACAAUCGACCCAAACCUACCCUUCUCUCUAACAAGAGGCAGAUGUUCUAGGGAGUGUGAGCGACCGAAGAUUCUGUACCUAUUUUGUAUAUGUAUAAUAAUUUGAGAUGUUUUUAAUUAUUUUGACUGCUGAAAUAAAGCAUGUGAAAUGAUCCAAAUACA